AUGGCCACCCCCAGCGCCAAAGAAGUCGAGGACCUGCAGUUCGAGAAAUGCCUGGGCCGUGGUUACUUCGGAGAGGUCUGGCGAGCCCAGCUGAAGAAGGACCGUCAGCUGGUGGCCGUGAAAAAGGUGCGGAUGCAGCUGAUCUUGGAGAACCACUUGAUGGAUCAGCUGAAGAGAGAGAUUUUGAUCCUUAGCUCCAUGCAGCACGAACGCAUCGUGAGGCUGUUCUUCCAUUUCGAAGACCGGCAUUUCAUGUAUUUGGGCAUGGAAUUCUGUCAAGGCGGUAGCCUUUUCGACAAGCUGCAGAAAGCAGAGCGUUUUGAUGCUCCAGUCGCUGCGCGGUACUUCUACGAGACGUGCGAGGCGCUGGAUUAUUUGCAUCACUUGCCCGAGAAGGUGAUUCACCGAGACAUCAAGCCCGAGAACAUCCUGCUGACGGCGGACGACUCGGUGAAGUUGGCAGACUUCGGGUGGGCCAACCUUUUGGAAGCCGAGAAGAGGGUGACCUUUUGUGGCACCUUGGACUACUUGGCUCCAGAGAUGAUCAAGGGGACUGGCCAUGAUGAGAGCGUGGACAUGUGGACCAUGGGUGUCUUGCUCUAUGAGCUCCUGACAGGACAGUCCCCAUUUGGUUCCUCCAGCAAGGAGACCACGUGCAAAAGCAUCUUGACGGUGAACUUGUACUUUCCGCCGGAGCUGGACAUCGACGGCAGGAACCUGAUCUCGCAGCUUUGCAGGAAAGCCCCUGUGGAUCGUUUGAAAGUGCGAGAUGCCAUGGCUCACAGCUUUAUUACGAGGCAUUUGCAAACAGAGCAAGGUGACGCGGCAGGAUAUCCUGAGGCCAAAGGCGCCGUGGUGAAAGGAGUCACCGAGACCGGAGAUAUGUCGCCCUCCCGCCCCUCGGUGGUGGCACGGAAACUACGGGCGGAGUGUGAGCGGAGCCUCGUGGAGAAGGAGAUCUACAUGAAGGCUUUGAAAGAUGCUGAGAACAAGCUGAAGAUCAAACAGGAGGAGCUGAAGAGCGCUGAGGCCCAAAUCAACGAGGUGCAACAAGAGAGCAAACUCUUGGAGGCGCAGCGAAAAGACCUGGAGAAACGAACCAAGGAGAAUGCCUCGAAGAUUGAGGCCACGGAGAACGCGUUUCCUCGCGAGAACGCGUGA